AUGUCUACAACUCUGCUGGCACUCCUACCCAUUCUCAUACCCAUUCUCAUACCCAUUCUCAUACCCAUUCUCAUACCCAUUCUCAUACCCAUUCUCAUACCCAUUCUCAUAACCAUUCUCAUAACCAUUCUCAUACCCAUUCUCAUACCCAUUCUCAUAACCAUUCUCAUAACCAUUCUCAUAACCAUUCUCAUAACCAUUCUCAUACCCAUUCUCAUACCCAUUCUCAUAACCAUUCUCAUACCCAUUCUCAUACCCAUUCUCAUACCCAUUCUCAUAACCAUUCUCAUAACCAUUCUCAUACCCAUUCUCAUACCCAUUCUCAUAACCAUUCUCAUACCCAUUCUCAUAACCAUUCUCAUACCCAUUCUCAUAACCAUUCUCAUACCCAUUCUCAUAACCAUUCUCAUACCCAUUCUCAUACCCAUUCUCAUACCCAUUCUCAUACCCAUUCUCAUACCCAUUCUCAUAACCAUUCUCAUACCCAUUCUCAUAACCAUUCUCAUAACCAUUCUCAUACCCAUUCUCAUACCCAUUCUCAUACCCAUUCUCAUAACCAUUCUCAUACCCAUUCUCAUAACCAUUCUCAUACCCAUUCUCAUAACCAUUCUCAUACCCAUUCUCAUACCCAUUCUCAUAACCAUUUUCAUACCCAUUCUCAUAACCAUUCUCAUACCCAUUCUCAUACCCAUUCUCAUACCCAUUCUCAUACCCAUUCUCAUAACCAUUCUCAUACCCAUUCUCAUACCCAUUCUCAUAACCAUUCUCAUACCCAUUCUCAUAACCAUUCUCAUACCCAUUCUCAUACCCAUUCUCAUAACCAUUCUCAUACCCAUUCUCAUAACCAUUCUCAUACCCAUUCUCAUACCCAUUCUCAUACCCAUUCUCAUAACCAUUCUCAUACCCAUUCUCAUAACCAUUCUCAUACCCAUUCUCAUACCCAUUCUCAUACCCAUUCUCAUACCCAUUCUCAUACCCAUUCUCAUACCCAUUCUCAUACCCAUUCUCAUACCCAUUCUCAUACCCAUUCUCAUACCCAUUCUCAUACCCAUUCUCAUACCCAUUCUCAUACCCAUUCUCAUACCCAUUCUCAUACCCAUUCUCAUACCCAUUCUCAUACCCAUUCUCAUACCCAUUCUCAUACCCAUUCUCAUACCCAUUCUCAUACCCAUUCUCAUAACCAUUCUCAUACCCAUUCCUCACCAGAUUCUAAGCCCUCAAGUAAACAAGCCUGUUGAUCAUCGUAAUUAG